AUGCUUGAUGCAACAAAACAAGCUAUUCUCGAAACUUACCAAGGCCAGGUUCUGGCUCUCUCUGGUGACAUUUCAGACGAGACCUUUGUUGACCAGUUGAUCGGAGAGACCGCAAACACAUUCGGCCGCCUUGACUAUGUGGUUAACUGUGCUGGAAUACUCGGAGGGGACCUUCGUGCCACGGAGACCUCAGUUUCCACUUUCGAUCAGAUUACUAGAGUGAAUUAUCGGAGCGUAUGGCUCUGUUCGCGAGCUGCGUUUGCCCAGAUGCUCAGGCAAGAGACGCUCCCUCAACACCCGGACCAGAGAGGUGCUGUCGUGAACAUCGCCAGCCAACUGGGUUUAGUGGCGCGUGCCGGCGCUGCCCCAUACUGUGGUUCAAAAGCGGCAGUCAUCCACAUGACCCGAGCAGAUGCCAUAGAUUAUUCCCGGGACUCAAUCCGUGUCAACUGCAUAUGCCCGGGGGUGAUCGCCACAUCGAUGGCCAUGGGCUCCUCGGACCGGGCGGAACGGUUCAAGCCAGCAGUUGAUAUUGCCCCAAUGAAGCGGAUGGGUACGCCUGAUGAGGUUGCAAAUGCUGUUCUCUUUCUUUGCUCUCCUCUUUCAUCAUUCGUACAGGGCCAUGCUCUUGUCGUUGACGGAGGGUACACUAUCAAUUAG